GGGAGAGGCAGAGCCCGCGGGGCAGCGGCGGAGAACGGGGAGGGGUAGGGCUGAACACACGGCCUGCCGCUCGACUGUGCGUGCCGCGAUCCGAUGCGAGGCACGCCUGCCAGUCCGCUCCGACGAGACACACGAACAGCAUGGACCUGACGACGAUCCUGGCCGCGGUCGCCGCGGUCCUGGUGCCCACAUUCAUGUACUUGCACUACCAGUACCGUUACAGCCACUGGAAGAAGAGGGGGGUGCCCCACCCCAAGCCCCUCCCCCUUGUCGGCAACUUCGCCUUCAUGAUAACACGCUCGAAGAGCUUCUCCACGGCGUUCAUGGACUUUGCCACUCCCUACAAAGAGAACGGAUAUUGCGGAGUGUACCAGUUCGGGCAACCGCUGCUCUUGGUGUGGGACCCCGAGAUGGUGAAGCAGGUGGUCACCAAGGACUUCAGCAGCUUCCACGACCGCGGCCUACCCUCCCACGAGCACGACCCUCUGAGCCAGCACCUGUUCAACCUGAGCGGCACCAAGUGGCGCAACCUGCGCAACAGGCUCAGCCCCUCCUUCACGUCGGGCAAGCUCAAGCUCAUGUUCCCCCUCAUGCGCGAUAUUGGUGACGAGCUGAACCGCCAGGUGACUCUGGACGCCAAGAAGACGGACUCCCACGAGGUAGAGAUCAGUGCGCUGCUCUCUCGCUACGCCACCGACGUCAUCGGGUCGGUCGCGUUCGGCAUACAGUGCAACUGCCUUCGUGAUCAACAGAACGAGUUCCUCGAAAUGUCCAAGAAGCUGUUCCGACAGUCGCCUGCGCAGCUGGCCCGCCUGUUACUCGAACUAAUCCACCCCAAGUUGGGUGGGCUUUUGCCCAUCAAGUGGGUCUUCUCCCGAGUGCAUCACUUCUUCGUCAACCUUAUAAAGGACACGGUCGAGUACCGCGAGAAGAACAACGUGGAGCGCAACGACUUCGUGCAGCUCAUGAUGCAGUUGCGGACCGAGGACCUGGCCCACGUGGACCCGGAGAACCACAUCGAGCUCACUUACGGCGUGAUGGCGGCGCAGGGCUUCGUCUUCUUCAUCGCCGGCCUCGACAACGUGGCCAACACGAUCUCCUUCGCCUUGAACAAGCUGUCUGUCGACCCGGAGCUGCAGCAGAAGCUGGCCGACGAGGUGCGGGGCGUGCUGCGCCAGCACGACGGCGAGCUGACCUACGCCGCCCUCAAGCAGAUGGACCUGCUGAACCGCGUGCUGCUGGAGGCCAUGCGUCUCUGGAGCCCCGUCGGCAUGCUCAUCCGCAAGUGCAACGCCACCACCAAGGUGGGCGACGUCGUCGUCGACAAGGGGCAGAUGGUCUUCGUGUUGACCCAGGUGGCGGCCAUGGACGAGAACCAGUUCCCGGAGCCGCAGCGCUUCGACCCGGACCGCCACACGCGCGAGGCCAAGGACGCGAGGCACCCCUACGCCUUCUCGCCCUUCGGCGAGGGCCCCAGGAAUUGCAUCGCAGAGCGCUUCGCGCUGCUGGAGAUGCGGCUCGCCCUCGCGCUCCUCAUCCGGGACUUCGUGUUCACUCCGGGCCCCAGGUACGAGCCCGAGGUCGAACUUGAUCAAAAGUCCUUCUUCCCGAGGCCGAAGAACGGGUUCCACCUGCAAGUAGCUGCCCGCGUCUAACAGACUUUCUUAAUACCUAUGAUAAGAAUUGAAUAAUUCAAAAAUGGCCUGAUUUUGUAGAAUACAAGGUUUGAGUGGGUGUCUACCUAGAAUUGCUGUGUGUGUUGUAUCCAACUAUAUGCAUGUAUUGAGUUUAAAAACCACGGCUGUGAUCUAGAUCUAUAUAAGGAUGUUGUUUGUAUUUUUUUUAAAUUCUGCAAUAUUUUUGUUUUGCUGCUCACGGCAUUAUUUGUGCAAUCGGUGCAUGUGUUAUUUUUUAAAAAGGUUUUGAUUAAAAAUAAAAAAACAUCGCUAAA